UGUCCACUUAAAACGCGAGGGCUUCACGAAUCUUCCACAAACGCAGAGAGGUAGAGAGAUAGACAGCGAGAGGAGUUGCAGAGAGCAAUGGAGUCGUUAAUGAAGUGGCUUGUUGAUCCAAAGAAGAACUGGUUUGCACGUCAACACAUGAAAACCAUCUCCACGCGCCUUCGCAAAUACGGGUUGAGAUACGACGAUCUGUAUGAUCCGAAGUAUGAUCUUGACAUCAAGGAAGCACUGAAUCGGCUUCCUCGGGAGAUCGUGGAUGCUAGGCAUCAGAGGCUGAAGCGUGCCAUAGACCUUUCCAUGAAACACGAGUACCUAGCCGAGGAUUUACAGGCCAUGCAAACACCAUUUAGGAGCUACCUUCAAGAGAUGCUGGCUCUCGCGGAAAGAAAAGAAAUGCUUGGAUCUUGUUUUUACCGUUGUAAGUCAUCAUGAGUAAUAGGCAGUGUCAAGUCAAAAUAAAAUCUCUUGCUGCUUUUGUUGUGCAGGUAAAGAGGGAGAAUGCAGAACGUGAAGCUUUGGGAGCGUUGCCCCUCUACCAGCGAACUCUUCCCUGAGCAUCUGCCAUCUACCGCAGCUAUUCACCCAUUUGAGUAUUAUCUUUAAAUGAAUUUAAGGAUAAUGGUUUUUGGUUCCUGGAGGAAGUUGAAAGGGAUUGUCCGACUGCUUCAAAAGUUUAUUUUCCUUAUUUAAUUUCCGAUAUUGAAUGGUUUUUGGUAUUUGGUUGUGAACGAAUGGCAGUCUAUUUGUUUUUAAACUAAUAAUAUAUGAUCCAACUAUCAACUUCCAUAU